AUUACAAACAAAAGGAUGGCUGAAACUCUUCUGCUUAACCUUGCUCAGAGCGUUAUUGAAAAUUUAUCUUUUCUUGCACUCCAAGAAAUUUCAUUGGCUUGGGGACUUGAAAGGGAUCUUCAACAAAUUAACAGGUCCUUAAAGGCCAUAACUGUCGUGCUUUUGGACGCCGAGCAGCAUCAAUCACGGAGCCACCGGAUACAAGUGUGGCUUGAGGAUCUCAAAGAUGUCCUUUAUGACAUCGAAGAUGCAGUCGAUGAAUUUGAUUCCGAAGCAUUGAGAAGGCAAGUGGUGAAAACUGCAUGGAAUAGUACUAGAAAGGUAAAACGUUUCUUUUCAAGCUCUAAUCCACUCGCAUUCCGCUUUAAAAUGGCCCAUAAACUAAAAAACCUUAGAUUGAGAGUAGCCGAAAUUGUUAAACUUAAGUCUGAUUUUGGUUUGACGGAGGGGGUCAAUGAUACGCAAGUCGUUCGCAGGGAGAGAAAAUUGACCUACUCCUUUGUCGAUGUUGCGACUGUUAUUGGGAGGGACGAAGAUAAAGAGAAGAUCUUAUAUCAUUUAUUGAAUCCUGUCGAUGUUGAAAAUGUCUCCGUUCUUGCAAUCGUAGGUAUAGGAGGUCUGGGAAAGACUACACUAGCAAAGCUGGUGUAUAAUGAUCAAAGGGUAAAUAGUCAUUUUGAGAUGAAAGCAUGGGCAUGUCUCUCCGAUAAUUUUGAUUUGCAAGAAGUUCUUAGAAAAAUCAACGAGGCUGCCACAGGUCGAAAAUGUAGAGGGUGGGGUAUAGAAAAAUUGCAAGCAUUCUUGAGGGAGAGUGUUAGUAAUAAAAAAUACUUGCUCAUCUUAGAUGAUGUGUCCAAUAACGACCGCCGAAAAUGGAAUGAAUUGAGAGUUUUGUUGAUGGGGGGUGCUAACGGAAGUAGAAUUCUAGUAACUACAAGAGAUAAUAGUGUUGCCUCGCUCAUGGCUAGUGUUCCACCUUACAGCUUAAAUGAUCUUUCUUAUAAAAAUUGUUUGUCUUUGUUUCUAAAUUGUGUAUUUAAAGAUGCACAAGAUGUGAAAAACUAUCCAAAUCUUGUAAAAAUGGGUGGAGAAAUUGUAAAUAAAUGCAAAGGAGUUCCUUUAGCAAUAGUAACAUUAGGAAAUUUGCUUUAUUCCAUCACUAGUGAGCAUGAGUGGAGAUCUGUACGAGAUAGCGAGAUUUGGAAACUAGAGCAAAAGGAGGACGAUAUAAUGCCCGCAUUAAGAAUAAGUUAUGAGCAGUUGCCAACUUAUUUGAAAAGAUGCUUCGCAUAUUGUUCAUUUUUUCCAAAGGAUUCUUUAUAUAAUGAUUUUUUAUUAACUUAUUUUUGGAUGGCACAUGGGCUUCUUCAGUGUAAGAAUGAGAAUGAAGAGUUAGAAGACGUUGGAUUAUGUUACUUCAAAGAGUUAUGCUCGAGGUCAUUUUUUCAAGAUUUUUAUCAAUUUAAUGGUGUGAUUAGUUGUAAAAUGCAUGAUUUGAUGCAUGAUCUUGCGUUAUCAUUGACACAAAAAGAGUGCUCAAUGGUAACAGCAACAACCCAACAAAUACCUAAAAAUGUUCGGCAUUUGAUAUUUGCUAACCCUAAUUCACUUCAUGAAAGUCUCCCUAAGAUCUUACAAGGGUUAGCCGGUGUACGAACCAUUUUACCUUUUGGUUAUCCGGACUUUAUCAGCCAAUCGUUCAUCCAAACGCUAGACUUGACAAGAUUUCAAUUUCUGCGAUACUUGGAAUUGAGAUAUUCUAAAAUAGAGACACUACCGGAAGGUAUUGGUAUGUUAAAGCAUUUGAGAUUCCUCAGUUUAUAUUAUUCCGAAAUAAGAGUACUACCGAAUUCUGUUUGCAAGUUACAGAGCUUACAAACUCUAUGGCUAAAAGGCUGCAAUGGAAUUGAAGAGUUACCGAGCGACAUGAGGUGCUUCAUCAGCCUAAGAUAUCUAUCAAUAACCACAAAGCAGAAGCGUUUGCCAAAUAAUGGAAUAGGUUGUUUAAAAUCCCUUCGAGAUUUGGAUAUUUUUUCAUGUGAAAAUAUAGAAUUCUUGUUUGAAGAUAUGCAGGGACUCAAGCGCCUCCGAAAACUGUUCAUUGGGAAUUGCUCAAGCUUGAAAAGUUUGCCGCAGAGUAUAAAGUACUUGACUUCAUUAGAGUUACUUUUUAUCAGGAACUGUGAGAACCUUGAUUUGGAAAUGGAGGAGGAAGAGAGCGAUAAUCAAACUCAAUUACGCCGCCUUGAAACACUAACACUUGCAGGUCUACCGAAAUUGGUGGAAUUUCCGCGGUGGCUUCUCAAUAAUUGGACCGACACUCUUCGAAUCUUAACUCUUGAACGCUUAUCCAACAUGAAAGAGUUGCCUCAUUGUCUCACUAAUCUCCAAGAAAUACGUAUAGAUGAAUGUGAAUUACUUGUAGAAGAUUUGUCCAAGAUUCCUCAUGUCCCACAAAUUAUUAUUGAUGACAAGGAGUUCAGACAUUUUAACCCUUUUCUUCAUCGAACUUGUUAAUUUAUUUUAAUCUUUUGACUGUAUUAGUUUCGAGUUGAGUAUGACCAUAUGGAUAAUAAAGUUGUUCACAGAAUUGGUUUUGAUCCACGCUAGAAUAAUAAAAUAUGAUUGAUGUUCAUAGAAUUGAGUACAUACGUUUGAUGAAUAGUAAGAUUACAUAGACUAGUUAAGAAAAAGUUCCAACUCAACUAUAUACUAUGAGCAGCUAAAUUUUGUUAAUUAUGUUUUUGAUUAUGGAUUUUUAUUGAUGUCUAUUAGCUGCACGAAAACUUGUUAAAUCCUAUGUUUCGGCAUUUUGUUUCCGGAUAUGAAAACGAAAUUAAUAACUUUUUCUUUUAAAAAAUAUUUUUUCUCUGUUUUUGUUUUUGUUUUAGCUUUUUCUGUUCUAGUUUUUCAGUUCUUCGAUCUUCAGGUAAUAAAGGUUUAAUCUUCUAUUCAUUUGAGUUGGUUUUUGGUUUGAAUUCUGAGUGAUCCUUAUGUCAGUUUUGGUUGGACUGAAUUUUAAAAUCUGGGCUGUGAGACAUUAUGUAUUUUUAAUAUGUUUGCAUUAUAACACUAUGGAGUUUGUGUUCAUAUUUUGAAAAAUCUGCAUUAUUAAAGUGCAAAUGGUUUUAUUAAUUUAGCUUUCGACUAAUCUAGCAUGUUUUUUUCUAGCAAGUAUAGUGUCCUUAAGGUUCUAUACUAUGUUACUUGAAAAUGGAAAAGGAAAUGCUACAAAAGGAAA